UACAAAAGAAAAUAAUACUGAUCCCGUUAUAAGUGAAAAGAAAUAGAUUUUUAACUAGUUGGUAUAUUGGGAACUAGGGAAUAAGUGGUUGCAAAUAAACUACUGAAAUUACUUUUCUUUGGUAAAAUAUUGGAAGUUCACCCUCGAAAAUUUGUGUAUAUUUUAAAAAUAUUUUAUACGAAAAUAUGCUGAUAGGAGCAUUUAUGAAUUUAAAAGUGUGUUUGAUAUAAUUUGCAAAUUAGAUAAAUAAUGUUCUAAAAGACGAUAAAUAUGCAACAUAUAAUUAAAAACUGGGAUUAUAUUGAAUUGCUAAUUAAGAUACGUACUUCUGUAUGCAUGUAUAGAAGAAUACUCAAGUGCAUAUGCAUUGUGCAUAUGUAGAAAUAUACAAAAUAUUCAGUAUAUACAUAUGUGCAUUCUCAUAUAUGCGUUUUAUAUUAAAAAAAAAAAAAUGUGUGAUAGUUAAUGGAUUUAAUAAGUGUGAGAGUACGGCUAUUGGUUUUCCACUCUCACAAUGCCGGUGUAAAGACCACUACUGCUCUUCAUUUGCGCCUAUAUGGUUUAAGAGGAACUUAGUUGUGUGUGUUUAAAUUUAGUCAAGUUUAAAAUAUUAUGAAAAAAUUGAGGGAAAUAGUUUUAGAAAUACAUAAAUUCAAAUUAGUUUCGUAUUGAGAAAAUUUCUAAUAAAGCUUUGUUAUAAUAAAGCUUCUUAAGUAUCAAAUAUGACCUUCUUUAGGGCAAAUAAAAUUAUUUUUGAUUAUAUGCAAAACGGAAGGAAUGCUAAUAACAUUAAAAUAUUAACAUUUACUAAAUUGUAUAAAUAGAAAAAAUGCCAAGAUCAAGCGGUAAUCCACGCUGCAAGUGUUGCGAUGAAGUUAUGGAAGAGCUUUUGACCAUGCGUCAAUCUUUUGAGAAACUUUUCCACCGAUUAACAAAACAAAUUGUAGAUUUGAGGCGUGAAGUAACUGAAGGCUUAGGCUCUGUCUCCAGUGGCACAGCUUUAAAAAGAGAAAGCAGUUGUAGUCCGUCGAUAUCCUCACCGCCGUCGAAAUUUAAGCGAUAUGAUAACAGUGAAAGCGAGACUGAGUGUAUCAAAUUGAAAAAUGACAAAAAGUCCUCCAGAUCGAAAAAUUUACAGAGGAAUAAAGAUGAACUUAAGGAUCCCGUCGAGGUAAAAACUGUUAACAAAGUUAGUCGCCCUAUAUUGGACUUUUUUAACAUACAAGCUCCAGUCAUGCCUACACAGCCAUUCAAAACAGCACAACAGUUUGAGGAUUGGAAUGCUAUUUUCAAAGAAGAUGAAGAUCAGUGUGAUCAAUUGAGAGUUGAGCUACUCCAAGGCCAUUUUGAUGAACCAGACAAAUAUAUCAAACAUAUAUGGCGUAGUAUUUUCAAAAACGAAGCUGCUGAGUGUUACUCCUACAGGGGUAACGGUCGCUGCAAAAAACGGGCCAUUAAAAAUUAUAUAUUUACAGAUAUAUUCCGAGAAUGCUUCCUUCAGCGUUUCCAUCACAUGGAUGCGGUCUUUUUCAUGGAACGUACAAUGCUUUUUUUUAACUACGUUCACAAUCAUAUGAGAAAAAAUUUACGCAAUCAGCAAAAACGGCUAGAAAUUACAAAGGCUAAUAAACAAACCGAAGAACCAAUGGAAAACGAAACAAUAAUGCAAGAAGAGCAAAGUUUCAAUGGAUAUGAAGGAACGAUGUUACAAUAGUAAAUAAGAAUCUGAAUGGCAAUUUUGAUAAGAUUAUAGUUAUGCAGGAUAUAUAUACAUAUUAUAUAAAUGUAGAGCUCAGAACUUGCAAAGAUAUAAAUAUAUUUUACAAUGUAUGUACAUGCAUGUGUGUGGAUAGUUUUUAUUACUCUUGUGUAUACUCUUGAAGAUUUCGAUGAAUAAAAAUGAUUAAAAA